UAAGCGAGCUUCGCCGAGGGAACUGGCUUGUCCGUUGGAGUUGGCGGUUGGAGCCUCGCGACGCUGCCGCAGCCAUGGGGGCGCACCUGAGCACCUUGGGAAACAUUGCACUUACUCCUGUAUAUUUUAUGAUCAGCUUGAUCAUGAGACUUUUUUCCAAGCCGAAGCCUUCCAUUACCCUGCAGGAUCCAGAAGUGAAAUAUGCAUUAAAGCUGAUCGAUAAAGAGAAUAUAAGUCAUGACACCAGAAGAUUUCGUUUUUCCCUGUCAACUGUGGACGACAUUCUAGGCCUCCCUGUUGGACAGCACAUUUACCUCUCUGCAAGGAUCAAUGGGAACCUGGUGGUCAGGCCUUACACGCCAGUCAGCAGUGAUGAUGACAAAGGUUUUGUGGAUCUUGUUGUGAAGAUAUAUUUCAAAGGAGUUCAUCCAAAAUUCCCUGAAGGAGGCAAAAUGUCACAGUACUUAGAGAACCUAAGGAUAGGGGAAACCAUUGAUUUCCGUGGACCCAGUGGAUUGCUUGUCUAUAAGGGGAAAGGUACAUUUGCAAUUCGUCCAGAUAAGAAAUCUGAACCGGUUCUUAAACACGUGAAAUAUGUUGGGAUGAUAGCCGGAGGAACAGGAAUUACCCCUAUGUUGCAGCUCAUUAGAGCCAUGAUGAAGGACAAAGAUGACACCACAGUUUGUCACUUACUCUUUGCUAACCAGACUGAGAAUGAUAUUCUUCUGCGCCCAGAACUUGAGGAAUUACAGGUCCAGCAUUCAGCCCGCUUUAAGCUGUGGUACACAUUGGACAGAGCACCUGAAAAUUGGGAUUACAGCCAAGGAUUUGUGAACGAAGACAUGCUCAGGGACCACAUGCCCCCACCGCAAGAUGAUACUCUCAUCCUCAUGUGCGGCCCGCCUCCGAUGAUUCAGUAUGCUUGCAUUCCCAACCUGGAUAAACUGAACUAUACGAAGGAGAUGAGAUUUGCCUACUAAAUUGGAGUGAAGACAGGGUAAAGUAGAAUGUGUAGGUGGGGAAAGAAUGGAAGGAAGCUCUUUGGAACAAUAGGGAACAAGAGUGGCAGAUGUGCAGAGGUGUGAAAACAUAUUCAGAAGGGCUGCCAAAGUGUCUACACACGUUUGGGAUUGUAUCCAAUGUUAGACAUAACUGUAGACCCAUUAAACUGAAUGGGAGUUAAGACCAACAUUGGAUACAAUCCUUGGUGUCUUUUUACUAAUGCUGCACUGAAAAUUCAUUUGACACAUAGCUGUGUCAUAUAUGGUCUUUUUAGCUUUGCUCUGCUUUUCAAAUCUGUAAUAAGGCUGCUGGAUUACAUGUAACACUUUUUCAUAAUAAAGAAAUGGAGCCUUCUGUUGCAACACCAAAGAGUUUCUUACCUGUAGCAUGUUGAAAGACCCAAGUGUCAAGCUAGUAUAGGUGGAGGAAGUGUUUUGUUCCUAAUAUCUCUGUUAUAAAGCUUUAGAAUGAGAUGGUUAAGGAUACCUGUAUGAAAUGUGCAUACUUCAUUCAUUUUAAAAAACACACUAUUGCCUGUAUUUGAAGAUGGGUGUUGUAGCUAAUUUGGGGGAAGUUCGGUUCCUUUGACACAAACACACAUACAAAUCUGUGUACAAGAUGAGGCGGCAGAUCAGCUUUAUUUUCUCAAUAGAGUAGCAUCCUCCAACUUUCUAUCUUGAUAAUCAUUCCCAAGCCAAGCUUUAUACACACUUAUUCUUUUGAGCUUUCUCUGCCCCAUCCCCAUUGAGUAGAAAAGAUUCUCUAAUAUCACAGUACUAAAUAUAUUUACAUGGGAAGAAGUCCCAUUGAUUUUGAAAAGGCAUAUUCAAGUUGUAAUAUGUUCAUUUUGGAGCUUAUCAAUUGCUCCUGGAAUGCUAUAGUCUGAUAUAGAACGGUCAGUUGAAAAAGGAUGUAUUGCCUAUAUUUUAUUUUAAAUAUAAUAAUUUAUACUGUUAUCUGAAGAAAUUUCAUAUUGAAAUUAAAAAAAUCCUGAUUUCCACUGUAUUUUGGGGUUCUGUGUCACCUUUAAAAUUUGGGGAGGAUUACAAUGAUUCCAAAAACAUGUGGAUAAGAACUAUUAACUUUGUAUCAUGUGCAUGUGAAUAUUUUUUUGGAAGUUGCUAACUACUGGCUCUCCAAAACAUUUUGUGACAGGAUUUCCACUAAAGUGAAAUUCAGUGCUUGUCUGAAAGUAAGUGGUUGAUCAGACCUCACAUUCCCAAAUCUAUGUGUUUUAAUUCUUCCUGUCUUUUUUUAAAAAAUUAGUUUAGGGCACCAUCUAUUGGGAAAUUCCCCUAUACAAGUUACAUUUAGAAGAAUUGAGCUAUGCAUGGAACAAGUAGGUACUUUUGAGUAUCUCCCAUUAUUUUCAGCGAGGCUUGUGAAGGAGAACUUUAGUGAAUUCUGUUUUAGUCCCUGUCUGUUUCACAAUGAAAGCUGGUGUUAAAACUAAUUUAGCAGCAAAUCUUUAUUGGGAGUCAUCCUGCUGAAGCUGUCCUUCAUAAAAGAUGAUUGGGAAAAAUGUAACAUCUUAAUCUGUCAAGUUACAUAAAGAGUACAUGUCAAGAACACUUUUGAGACUUCCAUAGUUAAAACUAAAAAAAUCCUGUGUGUGCCACUGACCGCCAACAGUGCAAGAAAAAUAAAAAUCAUUGCUUUAGAAGACUUGAUAAAAGUUUGUGACAAAAAGGUAGAUCUAUUCUUAAAUAGCCCAUUUUCUCGGAGAUCUAAUUUAUCAGUUCAUUUUCAAGUAUCACAUUGCAUCAUCUUAAAGUAUAGCCCGUCCUGCCUGCUUUGUGAUCUCUGUGCCUUUUACACAUGGUAUAGAAGAGCUUCUGUAUCUCUCCCUUUUCCUGCAAUGCAACACCCAGGCCAUGCAUGACAACAUUCAGCCCUCUCAUGCCUCACCUUGGAAGCGUCUUGAGGAUUCAGAUCUGCCUCAUGCAGGCUACUUGCACCGAAAGUGGAGCGAAGCACUAUGUCUUGGGAAGGAGUUGGUUAGCAGAUGCUUCAGGGUGUGUGUGGAUGGGUAAGCUGAAAUCAAGUGAGGUCCGGAGUGUGAAGGGAGGAGGAUUGCAGCCUGGUACCAUAACUUGACUGCUAAAGGUAAUACAUGCUUAAGGGCCAAACUAGAUGUUAUGUUAUUAAUAUAACCAUCUGAAUGGUGUUUUAAAAAUAAAUUGCAUGAAUAGUAGUGGCGUGCUCUGGAUCAGGACCAUUGCAGAGGGCAAAGGGUUAAAAGGCCCACCUCCCAACCCAAACCGUAAGUGUGCAGUUUACUCUUUAAAACCACUCAUACAAUUGCUAAUGAUGUCACAUCUAGUUUGGCCCACGGUUUAGUUCUAGCAGAAAAAGCAAAAGGUUGAGAAAACCAAACUCUAGACCAGUGCUAUUGUAUGCACUAAAUUCCUUUUGUUGAAAUAGGCUCUUGCAGCAGAAAGUAAGCAAAGUCAACAUAACAUAUCUAUUUUGCUUAAUGUUUAUACCACUGUGGGUAAAGGAGCCUUAACUUUUAUUAAAUGUAUUAUUGAUGUUUAACUGUCUUGGUUCACAAAACUGUUUUGUAUUACUUAUCCAGCCUAUUGAGCUAUUGGAUUUUCCCAACUCUUUGUGGUAGAAAUAAAACUUUGAUUUGCUUAUCAUUAA